AAUUAAAAAGAGAGAUGUUCUUUACAACGCGGUACGAGAAUUGAUUUGUGUAAACAAACAAUGAUAUGUAAUACGUUGUAUAUUGCUAAUCCAUACGUGCAGCUGUAUGAACUCAUUUAUGGCUUUUUCGGUUACAAUAUAAUUUUGAGAAGUAUCACUUAUCUCUAUAGAAAAUGUUUAGCCGAAGUAUUUACUUUUAAUUAUUACACUGGAACAACAAUUGUUAUAUGAAGUCCAGUGAUUACGUUUAAAUCGACAUAAAGACAAAUAUUUUUCUAACGAAUUAAGAUAAAUAAAAAUACAUUUUAUCAUAAAGAACAGAAAUUUUUAAAGCAUAUGCUUUAAGAAUUAUAUGCUCAUAUGUCCAUAUGCUGAUAUCACAAGCAACAGAGAAAACAUAUAUUACGACGAAGGAAAAAUAACUGGGAAAAAACCAAGACGAGGCCCAAGGAAACAAUAUUUUAAAAAUAUCUUGGAACUCAUGAACUUCAACGACAAGACAUUGCCUUUAAUAGAUGAUGAUGAUAUAUUACGAAUCAAAAUAAUUUGUGCAAAUAAAUAAUUCAAAUAGAAUGACAAGGCUCUCUCAAAAAAUAGUUAUUAUAUAUAGUUAUUGUAUAUAGUCGGAUGAAGAGGAAUAGUUUUUUUGGUCGGCUGGCAAGAUACUUGACGUGCUGUAUUACAAAGAAAAAGAAGCGCAAUGAAGGUGGUAUCAUAGCUCAACCUGGCCCAGAAAUUAUGGCACAUGACAUAUGCCCAAAUAGUAAUAAUCAGAAGGAAUUGGUCACGAUACAGAAUGAAGAUAUCGAUAUGCAAAUCGUAGGUGCAUUAGUAAAUGAAGAACAGAGUGAAGAAGAAGGCUUUGAGCAUGUUAUGAUUUCUGUGGAGUCGAAAGAAGACACGCACUGUUUAUACACUCAAAACAUUGAUACUGAGGAUGACUGCUUAAAUUAUACGGCAGAGCACGAAGUAAUUGUUGAUGAAGGAGAAAGCUUGGAAACUAAUAGAAAUGAAGAAGGAAUUAUACGUUAUUUUGGAAAUAAGAAUGAAGUUGGAAGAAUUAUUUCAAAUGAUAGGAAAUGCUAUUAUUUCAAUAGGGAAGAUAUAGUUGGUCGUUAUCGAUAUCAUAGAGCUCCGCAAAAAGCAAAGUUUGUUAUUGAUGCUUCGCGACCAAAUUGGGCGAAGGACAUAGUGAUAAUUGGACAAAUUUAUGGCCAACGUUGCUAUUAUUGUUUAAUGUUUGAUCAUUACACAGAGGACUGUAUGCAGUUAGAUAUUGAUUCUUAUAAUUUUUACCGUCCUUAUUUGUAACGCGCCAGAAAAAAACUGCUUGUUUAUACUAUCUAUUCGGUUAGUAUUUAAAUUUGAUAUGGUCAACAGAGUACUAUUUCAGAUAAUAAUAAAAUUUAAUAUUGCGGCAGAUUGCAAUGUGUCAAGUAAAAAAAAAUUAUUAUAUUUAUACACAUCAUAGUAUAUGUAUAUACUUAAAUUUAUUGAUACAAAUUGUGUUAUACAAAUGAACUUAAAUAAUUAAAUGUAUGUGUAUUAAUUAAUUGUAUGUAAAUAAAUUCAUGUGUCAAAAUAAUUUUUUCCAUUUAUUAAUACAAUGACAAAAUUUAACUAAUCAUUUAAUAUUACAAUUAUCAUCAUUUAUGUACUUAAAUUAUAAAUUUUAAAUCUAUACGAUGUGUGAUAAAUCAUCUUUUGUUGUUUCAAUAAUAUUUUUUUACUAUCAAAUUUUGUAAUUCAAGAUCUAAUUUUUUAUUUUUUAUUAGAAUAUGUAAAAAUGUUUGCUAAAAAUUAUGCAUUAUUAUUAUUUCAUAUCCUAUAAUAUAAUAAAGUUGAAUUAACAAGGCGCCCGGUGGUACUCAUGUAAGUUCGUUAAAAUUCGUUGUUUUAUUUUGUCUUAAGUCAGGCUAUGUCGAAGAAAAGGAAUAAGUAGAAUGGACUGUAAUAUAGAAUGAUUUUUUAAAACAUGUAACAAUUAAAUGUAUUAUACAUGAAUCAUAAAAUCUUACACACACCGUUAUGGAUAAGGGGACACUUAAUGCUAAUUGCCACAAUGGUACUGAUAUAAAAAUACAAUAAAUUAUAAAUGUGAGAAAGUCUUAAAAAGAAUAUGAACAAGUUUAUUUUACUUAUCGACCAAUUGAAACGGCUGAUGAUAAUAUUGAAUUUUGAAAAGAUCAAUUGAAGUCGAAUACAAGUAGCUGACCAACGUGUACAAUAUGCUGCUUAUGAUACUGUAAUGUAUCUCAUAAAACAACGGCGAUAUACUGAGCACACAAGGGUGUGACAAUCGCAAAGAUAUUUUAAUUUUACAACAAGACGUAUACAAAACUAUUGGCUCGCCAUAGAGCUUCUAGCUAAAAUGUAGACAUAGAGAGAAGACCGACAACAACUCAAUGUAGCACAACGAUAGCCAAAUCAAUCACAACACAAAUUCUCGACAGCGCACUCAACCGAUGUGUAUCCAACAAUAAUAUUUUUUUACUAUCAAAUUUUGUAAUUCAAAAUCUAAUUUUUAAUUUUCUAUUGGAAUGGG